UUAUAAAUAUCAUCAUCAUAAUGAUUGUUAAGAAUUACAAUUGGUAAAAGUUUAGGAUUUUCAAUUUAAACGUUAUAUAAUUCAUAUUAAUUCAUCACUACUUUUUAAUGUUAUCAUAGUAAAAGGGUCACUCAAAAUCUUGGUGACAUUAUAGGGGAUCACGACCACAAAAAUUGAGAACCGCUGAUCUAGAUUAUUCAUAAAGAGUGAAAUCUGUACUGGAUCUCGAUGUAUCCGAUUAUAAUAUAUAAGUUAAGACAGGAUCAUUUAAUGAAUUGACAAAUAUUGAAACGCAAAACGUUUCGGAUGUUUGUUUAUUUCACUCCCACUCGUCAUUUAGUGUAUCUAUAGAGAACUUAGUGUAAUGCGAUCAUAAUACAUUUCGUUUAUUUUAUGUGUAUACCGGACAUUUUUUUGUUUAACGCUCUUCUAACGUGUUCUUGUACAUUUUCGUUUCUGAAUCUGCCAUAUCCUAUAUAUUCAAACGUCGUUAGAUCUGUUUGUAAAUCUGUGAUUUGGAAUUUUAUAUUUUUCCACAAUGGACGUGAGUUUGGACGAAUUAAUCAAAAACAAAAGAUCGUCAUCCCACGGAGGACGCCGUGGGGGUGAAAAACAAGGCGGCUCCAGAGGAUUCAGUGGUGGUAAACGCUGUGGCGGAAUAUCAAAUUUCCGAUCAAAUGGAGCUGGUGGAAGCGGUGGUGGUCUUAUGCGCAGGGGUAGAUCCAUGGCAAGGCGAUCCAAUGGAUUUACUCCUUAUUCGAAGGCCUAUGUAAAUUCAUCAUCUACCCAUGAUUUGUAUGAAGAACCUAAAAGACAGCAAAUUAGAGGUGGUCUUUCAACUACUAAUAUUCAUAAAAUUGUUAUAUCAAACUUGGACUUUGAAGUUACAUCUAUAGAUAUACAGGUGCUAUUCAAUGAGUUUGGUUCAUUGAAAACUGCAGCAGUUCACUAUGAUAGAUCUGGGAGAUCUUUGGGAACAGCUGAUGUUGUGUUUGGCAGUAAAAAUGCCGCAUUAAAAGUAAUACGUCAAUACAACAAUGUACCACUUGAUGGUCGUCCUAUGAAAAUUGAAUUUGUAACUGAUUUUUCAACUAUUGCCAACCUUGCUCCUCAUCUCAGUAGACCAACACCAUUGCCUGUACGAGGUAUUCGUGAUGGAGUAAGAGGUAAACAUGUCAAACGUGAAAGUAUCCGUGGUAACUCCAGAGGACGUGGUGGUAAAGCUGGCAGGAAUAGUGAAAAGAAAAUGCCAAACAAAAAUGAAUUAGAUGCACAAUUUGAUAGAUAUAUCAAAUUUAACAAAAGCAAGAAUAAUUGA